GAUCUUCCCAUGUAAGAAUUUACAGUAAAGAAAGAAGUCAGAAAAUAUGGAUAUACAUUACAUGACUUGAUCAUUAUAUAUUAUUACAGCAUUUUGAAUUACAAGUAUUGCCGAAUGUAGGAUUGGCCAAGAGGGAAGUAAAACGACUCUAUCAGUUGUCAUAAAAAACGAUAAGUUGCAGUAUUCGUCGGAAGAAGAUGUUUUUUAUGUGUAUCGCUUUCGGCAUUAUCACUGAAUCUGUUUUCUCUGUAAAUGCUCAAGCUACAGACAUAAGACUCGGCAAUGAAACGGGACUUGAGUUGAAGCCAUACGAAGGUCGUAUAGAAGUGUUUAUAGAUGGUGAAUGGGGAUCGAUUGGACGACAUGGAGUGGAUAACGUAACAGCAAAGAUUGUGUGUAAAAUUCUUGGAUACGGAUAUAUUGGUUUUCGAGUGGAAAGGUUCCAAUACACUGGCAGGCGAAGACUCUCACGGCUAAAGUGUGCUGGACAUGAGACUUCUAUAUUAGAAUGCCAGCAGGAAGUCGGUUCACCGCAUGGAGCGUUUGAUGCACCAGGGGUUCACUGUUUCGACCAUGUUUUUACCGAAGUUCGUCUGUCUGGUGGCAAAAAGGCUACAGAAGGAAUGGUUCAAGUGAAAAUGGAUGGCAGAUGGGGACGUGUGUGCAGUUAUGAUCAAUCAAGCGGCACCAUACCAGUCCCAACUGUGUUCUUAGCUAUUUGCCGGACACUUGGAUUUCAGAAUUACGAUUUGCAGAAUAGUUUUAAAGGUGCCGACUAUGAUGGAGUGGAAUUAAGCUGGUUAGAUUUACAUUACGUGUCUUGUACCGGGGAAGAAACACAUUUCAAUCAGUGCACAUUUGAAGAUGUCACGAUGUAUCAACCUAGAUGUUAUGUAAACCUGGUCAUAGGCUGCAUAACCACGCUAUCACAGUACUGCUCUUCCGACGAUAUUUGUGCAGGUGUCGACAAUGCAUUCUGUUUAGACAAUAAAUGUGCCUGUAAAGAAGGUUAUAUCCAAACUGGACCACGGCAAUGUUCAGCUGCAUUUACAUUUCGCCUUUUUAAAACAUCUGAAUUAUAUGAUGAAGGACUUGUUGAAGUGUAUACCAGUGGGAACUGGAGCUUAGUUAGCGGAGGCCAUUUAACUUUUAAUGAUGCAACCGCAAAAGUAUUGUGCCAAACACUUGGCUAUGGAUUUGUAGGUUUCAGCACUUGGAUGUAUUAUUACUCCGGACUUAAUUACACUGGGUAUUUGGCAUAUAAAGUUUUCCAAUGUGAUGGCUCGCCACCUGAUGCUACAGAGUGUUUCGAUAAUAUUUGGUACGAAAUGAGUUUAUCAGAUGGAACAUCAGUGACACGCUUACACUGCUACGGUAAUUUCUCUGUCCAUUUUCUGCCGAUUAUUUUAUGAAAUAUUAAUACAAUUCAGAAAGACGACUUUCAGAGUCUGGGUUAGCACAAUAAAGGUUAAUUUAUUUUAACUCAGAUAAUAAAAUCCUUCACAAUAGUUAAAUAAAGUGAUGAAAGAUAUGAGUUGAUAUGAUCUAAGAUAUAUUAAAAUAAAAAAAAAGAUGACUUGCUACGAGUUUUAUUUCAUAUUCUUUAUCAGGAAAAACAUUUAUUUUCCUAGAAAAUAGUGGUUUCUUUCGACAUUUCAAACCCGUUUGUACGAAAACAGACAUUUUAGACAAAUAAAGUUAUACAAAUGUAUUUUAGGAAAUUGGAUAAGAGCUUAUGCAUCAAAUACUUCUCUGUUUGGGAUUCAGAAUAGCUUGUGUGGUAACUGAUCACAAAUAUAUUUGAUAUUAAAGAAGUUUUUGCAAUGUUUAAAAUUUCAUAAUAUCUACAGUGGUUGGCAAGAAAGUGAGUCAUCAAAAAGGCCGCCAAGCAGGUGCUUGUUUUGUCAAACACGAAUUAAACUGUUAAGACUUUCUCACAAAACAAUUACCUAGACAAGUCAAAUGGUUUAUCGCGGCCAGAAAUUUGUACAAACCGGACAGAAGUUGCGAAAUUGUCAUUUGUGCAGGAAUGAAGCGUUUACCAUAAUGUCCAGUACUGGACAGGUAUAGUGACCAUGCACGGACACAGCCAAUUUUCUCAGAGGGGGCCGAUCCCCUGCCCCC